CACACACUAAGAGAGGAUGAGGAGCAAGACGGAGCAUUUAGUGACCUCCGCAAAUAAAGGAAAUUGACCCGAACUGGAAGAUUUGGAUCCAAUUCAGCAGAUGUCCAAGUUGACUUACAAAGAAGACCUGAAAAGAAAUAGCAAUUCAAGCCAAAUCAGAUUCCUAUUCUUCUUCCUCUUGGCUCUCGAAAUACUCAACAAUUUCUCCCUGAUGAUCAGAUGGGAACAUGCCACCAUCUUUCUUUUAUGCUGCUGUUUCCUGUUGGACUACGCUUCCACCGAUCGUCACUGUCCUCAGCGCCGGUUGAGGAAAAAAGGCGGGCCGAGGCCGAGACACGGAAGGUCACACGUACCGCGUAUUAAAAGAGGUUGGGUUUGGAACCAGUUCUUUGUGCUGGAAGAAUACACCGGCUCUGAACCACAGUAUGUUGGUAAGCUCCACACGGAUAUGGACCAAGGUGACAGUGAAGUGAAGUACACUCUUUCAGGAGAAGGAGCUGGAUCUAUCUUUACCAUUGAUCAAAUUACAGGAGACAUACAUGUUCUGGUGAAGCUCGACAGAGAAGAAAAGUCCCAGUACAUCCUCAAAGCCCAAGCCAAAGACGUCAGAACGGAUCUUCCUUUGGAACCCGAGUCAGAAUUCAUCAUCAAGGUUCAGGACAUUAAUGACAACGAACCGCGAUUUCCCGAUGAACCGUACGUUGCCAUCGUCCCCGAGAUGUCUCCAACAGGAACAUUUGUAACCCAGGUCACGGCUACAGAUGCAGAUGACCCUACGUAUGGAAACAGUGCACAGAUUGUCUAUACCAUCCUUCAUGGCCAGCCAUACUUUUCUGUUGACCGCAAGUCAGGGGUCAUCAGGACGGCUUUCGCCAACAUGGACCGUGAGGUGAAAGACGAGUAUCAAGUUAUCAUUCAAGCCAAGGAUAUGAGCGGCCAACUGGGGGGACUCGCCGCGACGACGACCGUCAACAUCUCGCUCGGAGACGUUAAUGACAACCCGCCACGUUUUCCAAAGAGUAUUUUUCAUCUUCCGGUUCCUGAAACAGCAGUAUUGGGUUCUGUCGUGGGCUGGAUUUUGGCCAACGAUUUAGACGCUGACAAAAACGCAAGGGUUGCUUAUUCCAUUCUACCCGGUGAAGACGGAAACAUGUUUGACAUUGUCUCCGAUGCUAAAAAUCAAGAGGGUGCCGUCAUCUUAAAAAAGUCUCUGGACUACGAGACAAAAAAGUCCCACACUUUCAGGGUGGAGGCAUGUAACACACACUUGGAUCCACGUUUCCUGCACUUGGGACCUUUCGUUGAUUCAGCUACGGUCAAGGUGAACGUCAUGGACAUGGAUGAGCCUCCCGUUUUCUCGGAACCGUACUACUCCAUGGAUGCGUACGAAGACACACCGCCAGGAACCAUCAUUGGCUCUGUUACAGCGCAUGACCUCGAUGGCAGUAGCAGUGCAGUCAGGUAUUCACUGGAAUGGCACCAAGAUUAUGACAGCUAUUUUGACAUUGACACUAUAGAUGGCACCAUUUUCUUGAAUGAAUUCUUGGACAGAGAAGAAACAUCUGAGCACAAUAUCACCGUAGUAGCGGUCAAAGUCUUAAAUCCUUUGCUAUCUACCAAAGUGUUGGUGACGGUCAACGUCCUGGAUGUGAAUGAGUUCCCCCCUAAACUGGAAUUUCAGACAGAUACAUUUGUGUGCGAGACGUCCAAAGCUGGACAGGUGAUUCAGAUGGUCAGUGCUGUGGACUUGGACCUUCCGCCUAUCAGUCAGAGGUUUUUCUUCAAGACUCCUAAGGAUCUUCACAACAGAAUGUUCACUGUUCGAGAUUAUGGAAACAAUACAGCCGGCAUCGUGACACGACGCUCUGGAAUCCAGCGCGGGACACGAGACUUGUAUCUUCUACCCGUCGUAGUGGAGGACAGCGGUUACCCUGUCCGGAGCAGCACGUCCACCCUCACAAUCCGAGUGUGCUGGUGUGGGACAGAAGGCUUGCUGCUAACUUGUUCCCCAGAAGCCGUCUACAUGCCCAUGGGUCUCAGCACCGGAACUGCAAUAGCCAUUUUGCUGUGUGUAGUCCUGUUAAUCGUUAUUCCUGUAGUCUGCAUCGACCGAAGACACCGUCGAUACAAAGAGACUGUCGUGACAUCCAAAGACGAUAUCCGUGAUAACGUGGUUCAUUACGACGACGAGGGUGGUGGCGAGCAAGACACCCGCGCCUUUGACAUCGGCACCCUGUGUAACACUCACCCGGUUGGUGCCCCGACCCACUCCAAGGACAAAAACAAGUACGGUCACGGGGUUUUGCCGCAUCUGAGGACUCGUAACGAUCGAGUCAAGACACCGGAUAUCCAUCAGCAAACCGCCAGCGUCAUCUCCCCUGCCGACAGCCAGUUGCAUUUUCCCUGUUACAGGAUAACUCAAGGAAAAACGGAAUUCGUCCGAGAGAUCGUCGAAGAGCGCGGGGGCGAGAAUCGCAAGAGUUACGUGCGAUCGGCCUACGACUCGCUCACCACGUUCACCUCGGAAGAUCACGGUUCCGCGGCUAGCUCGCUUUGUUCUGUCGCGGAAUCGUGGGGAAUAGACGAUUUAGGAGAUUUGAGUUCUAUUGGGGAGUGGGGGCAGUCGUUAAAAUCGCUAGUUGGGAUUUUUGGGAGGCAGGCUCCGACUGUGUCGGAAGAAAGCUGACGCGGACUAGGAUAUACGUCUGUUUAAGCUUACGAAUGUACGAUGGCAGCUAACGAGUGCCCUGUCAGGGGUUAACUGGAGUGAUAAUAUUUGUAUCAAAAAUGCCGUGAUGGUGAGAGGCAUAAAAGUUGUAUACAGAAUUUGGAAAAAAAAUACGGUUCCCCGGAAAUUUGACAAAAACUUGCCUAUUCAUUUUUAAUGAGAAAAAAAAAAAUCAAAAUGUAUCGAGUCCUCCAAUUUUUGACCAAAUCACACAAUUUGGGCAUCAAAAAUUCCAGGACGGUGAGGGGCAUAAGAGUUAUGCACAGAAUUUGGAAAAAAAUUGCCAAAAACAUGCCCAUUCAUUUUGAAUGGGAAAAAAAGAGAAGUUUUAAAGUGUAUCUACUCCUUCAAUUUUUGACCAAAUCACACAAUUUGGACAUAAAAAAUUCCGGGACGGCGAGGGGAAAAAGUGACAGAGGAAAAUUUUUUGAAAAAAUGUACGGUUUCCCGGAUAUUUGACAAAAACUUGCCCAUUCAUUUUUAAUUGGAAAAAAGGAAAGUUUCAAAAUGUAUCUAGUCCUUCAAUUUUUGACCAAAUCACACAAUUUGGGCAUCAAUAAUUCCGGAACGGCGAGGGGAAUAAAAGUGACAGAGGAAAAUUUUUUGAAAAAAUGUACGGUUUCCCGGAUAUUUGACAAAAACUUGCCCAUUCAUUUUUAAUUGGAAAAAAGGAAAGUUUCAAAAUGUAUCUAGUCCUUCAAUUUUUGACCAAAUUACACAAUUUGGGCAUCAAAAAUUCUGGGACGAUGAGGGGCAUAAAAGUUGUAUACAGAAUUUAGAAAACAUUUACGGUUCCCCAGAAAUUUGCCAAAAAUAUUCCUAUUCAUUUUUAAUGAAAAAAAAACAAAAAAACAUCGCGCUGCACAGCCCGAACCGUUUAACCGAUCGGCACCGUUCAGUUAUCGGCACAAUCGGAAUUUUCGUGUGACACAGGGAAUUUUUCAAACGUCAAAUGUUUCUGUUCGCCCGUAAACGGCGAUUUUUCGGGAAAAAAAAAAAUUUCAAAAUGUAUCUAGUUGUUAUUGAUAACCUUAAAAAAGCUUGAAGUACCUGUGACAUGAUAAAAAAAAAAUUCUUAAAUAGCAUUAUUAUUGGAAUUAAAAUCAUAUUUACAAAGCGGAGCUGAUGAGAAAUGAGUCUUUUUAAUUUGCCGUUUAGCUCCUCUUGUCAUUAUAGCGCUCUGGCGCCUCCAUCUGGGUGAUGACAUCGUGGAGUAGCGAUUUCAGCAGAUUUAGAAUUCAGCCCAAUGGAGGAGGAAGCAUUUUUCAGCGAUUCUGGUUCUUUCAAGUGAUAUUGUCGAUCCCGAGGAAGCCUUUACCAUACAGCCAUAUAUGUUUGGGUCAUAUUUGGAGGAAUAGGAAGAUUCAGAACGACAACAAACACGAGGCUGAUGACUAUAGCAUGCUGUAAAAUGUCCACAUUGUUUUUACCCUCUACUCCAAAUUUUUAACCGGAUAUUCUUUGUAUCGAAGUAUUUUUCCCCGAUUGCGAAAUAAAUUGUAUGGUCAUGACAAAUAACAAUCUUGUGUUAAAUGGAAUCUAAAAUAUCAAAAAUGCAUUUAUUCAGUACGACAGCAACAUAGUCUUUCAACUCCCUCCACAGAUUUUCUAUGGGGUUGAGAUCUGGAGACUGGUUCGGCUACUCCAGGACCUUAAAGUGCUUCUUACGAAGCCACUCCUUUGUUGCCCUGGCUGUGUGUUUGGGAUCAUUGUCAUGCUAAAAGUUGAAAGACCCAGCCACGUCUCAUCUUCAAUGCCCUUGCUGAUGGAAGGAGAUUUUCACUCACAAUCUCUCGAUACAUGGCCCCAUUCAUUCUUUCCUUUACACAGAUCAGUCGUCCUGGUCCCUUUGCAGAAAAACAGCCCCAAAGCAUAAUGUUUCCAC